GGUUGGAUUGGUUGGAUUAGGUUUAGAAUGUCAGGGUUAGAGCCAAUCAGAGGCAGUGUAGGGGCGGGCCUUCGCAGAAUGCGGAUAUGACAGUACUUACUGUUUAGGAAGUGUGGAGACAAUUGACCCACAGUUGCUUUAGUAAAUCUCGGUAAACUUUUGCUUUAGUUUAUUAGCAGUGCGAUGGCAGGAACAGAUCACUUUAAUAUGAUUUUACAAAUUUUCAGAGACGUGGCUCCUAGCAUCACAAGCGGGAUUCUCACUGUUGUCCUUUCAUCGUGCGCGUUGUUUGGUAUCCAAACAUAUUUCAACUUCACCCCGGGGGUCUUCAGCGUCGGUGCAAGUGUUUUUGUAAAUGGACACCUCCACAGGCUCUUGACGUACCCUUUUUACCACAAGACACUUGCUCAGCUUCUCCUGAACAUCAUAACUCUGGUGUUUCUCAGCGGCAGUUUGGAGAAAGGUGUUGGCACGGUGCGUUUCCUGUUUCUGUUCAUCUUGCUGUCGACCAGCACGGGCUUGUUUUACGCCUUCCUGGAUCUUCUGCAGAGUGACAGCAGCCAGUGUAACACCGAGGGGUUGGUUCCUGUGGCCCUUGCCUGUGUGGCUUUAACUACCAUGCACACAAAAAUGACUAAAGGAUUCCUGUGUGGAGUCAGUUUCCCCACCGUAGCUCUCCCUUGGGUGUUCCUCAUAAUCACUACUGCCCUCGUUCCUCACAGUGUGCUCCUAUGUAAUGUCAUUGCCAUCCUGAUUGGGUGGAUGUAUGGUAAAGGAUGGUUCUCUCUUCUGGACAUAUCUGAAGCCAGGGCUGGCGUUGUUGAGAAGAUGAUGCCCUUCAGGUUGUUGAGGAGCAUCUGCGCUGUGAUGUUUGUCCCUGCUUCCACGGAGGAGAGGAGGAAGACCCUCCUUCCACAAAUUAAUCCAACCCCUGGGUCCUACCCGGUCCAGGCUUAUGCUCCGUUGUCCAGCAUCAACACCGCUGAUAUCACAGCCAACAUGUAUGAAGGCUGGCCGAACGCAACCAGUGCCCUGUCCAGUCCCACACAACCUCUCAAUCCUUAUGGACAUGGCUCUGCACAUAGCUUUGGGACGAGUCAUGGACAAAGCUGCAACCACAGCCACCUCACUCACAGUCAUGGUCAACUAUAGUUAUAUUAAUUUCUAUGAUUGUUUUACAACACUGCAAACAUGCAGACAAGUCAUAUUCUAUUAAUACAGCUUUAUUUUCUACUCCUAACCCACGACAAGUGAUGGUACACCUGCAGCUCCUCUUUUCAUCGAACUGAGUGGAGUCUCUGUCUGUAUAAAGUGACAUCUCUCUGAAUGUUUAAAUGUUACGGGUAACUUUUGUACUUAAAUUUAAAAAUGUACUCAAUGUCUUUUAUAUCAUUUGUUCCUUAUUUCUACAAAUAAAUAUAUAUAUAAUACAACA